AUGAAACGAGAUAGUCUAUUAACAGUGCUUGUUGACGCUACAAAAACUUUAGCUGCAAGAGAUGAUACAACAACUGAUUUACCGGCUAUGCCAACAUUAACAGAUCCAAAUGCUUAUACAACUCCUUCAGUCUCUGUUCCGCCAAAUAGUAAUAAUCCAUUUAUAAUUAGACAACAUAAUCCUUCUGGUACAGUUUUCAUUGCAGUUGGAUCAAUAGUUGGUGCAAUUUUAUUAGGUUUCAUAUUAUAUCAUUUGAUUGUUUCAUGUAGUGCAUCAAGAUUAGCUAAAAAGACAAGUGCUCAUGAUAGAGGAUUAUAUGAAAAAUAUCAAAAUAAUAAUAGUAAUGCUUAUGGUUUUGCUAAUAUGACUCCACAAUCAACUUUAAAUAAUUUUACAAAUGAAUAUACUAAUCAUCAUGGUACAUCAAUAUCAAAACUACCUUUAUUAAAUAAUAGAUCAUAUAAUAAUGUUGGAGCUGGUUCACAAUUUGGUGAUAAUUCAACAAUAUAUCAAUCAGAUAUGGCUAAUGCUACUACAAAAUAUGAUCUUACAAAGAUGUUUAUUUCCCCAACUGCAGAAGUAAUGCAACAUAAAAGAGUUAAAUCUUUCAAUACUCCAUCAUUAACAAACUUACCAUUUGGUGGAUCAAAUUCAAACUUAGGAAAUCCAUCUCCUGCAACUAAUAGACAUUCACAAUUGGUUCCUAAUUUAUAUAUUAAUAAUGAAAUUAAUAAUAGUGAAUACUUAAUUAAUCAACAACAAAUGGGAUUGAAUGAUCAAAAUUCUCAAAUGAACCAACAAAAUCAAACUCCACCUCAGCAAAAACAACAACAACAACAACAACAACAGAGAAAUCAACCAAAUGGUAGAAAGACAAUUCCUUCAAUGUAUCUUGAAGAUUUAAUUGAUUAA